GACGUCAUCUCUCUGCGCCGCCAAAACACACGUGUGGCUGAAGCGGUGGAAGGUGUCCGAAACGAGCGAAGCAGCUGGUGAUUUAAUACAGAAGCCAUGGGUAAAAAACUGAAAGUCGGGAAAACCAGAAAGGACAAAUUCUACCAUCUCGCAAAGGAAACGGGCUAUCGCUCCAGAUCGUCGUUUAAGCUCAUUCAGCUCAACCGGAAGUUCCAGUUUCUGCAGCGCGCUCGAGCGCUGGUGGACCUGUGCGCGGCUCCGGGAGGAUGGUUGCAGGUGGCGUCGAAGUUCAUGCCGGUGUCCAGCCUGAUUAUCGGUGUGGAUCUGGUGCCGAUCAGACCCAUCCCGAAUGUGGUCAUGCUGCAGGAGGACAUCACCACGGAGAAGUGCAGACAGGCUCUCAGGAAGGAGCUGCAGACGUGGAAGGUGGAUGUUGUGCUGAACGACGGCGCGCCGAAUGUUGGAGCGAACUGGUCGCACGACGCCUUCUCGCAGGCCAACCUCACGCUGAUGGCGCUCAAGCUGGCCUGCGAGUUCCUGACCAAAGGCGGCACCUUCAUCACCAAAGUCUUCCGCUCCAAAGACUACCAGCCGCUCAUGUGGAUCUUCCAGCAGUUCUUCAAGAAGGUGCAGGCCACCAAACCACAGGCCUCCCGAAACGAGUCCGCCGAGAUCUUUGUCGUCUGCCAGAGUUUUUUGGCUCCGGAUAAAAUUGACAGCAAGUUCUUCGACCCCAAACAUGCUUUCAAAGAGGUUGACAUACAAGUGAAAUCUGUCAACGAGCUGGUUAGCAAAAAAAAGCCAAAGGCUGAAGGCUACAGCGACGGCGAUCUCACUCUGUAUCACACCUUCUCGGUGACCGAAUUCUUAAAAGCCGAAAACCCUGUCGAUUUCUUGAGCAAAGCCAAUGAAAUAACCUUCAAUAACCCCGAGCUGGAAUCGCACCCCAUCACUUCACCAGAAAUCAGAGAGUGCUGCUGCGAUAUUAAAGUCCUGGGCCGAAAGGAACUGCGUCUGCUAUUGUCAUGGAGAUCCAAGCUGAGGAGGUUCCUGGCUAAAAAGCUGAAACAGGAUGCCAAGCAGCUGGACCAGGAAAUGAGCUCAAAUGAUGAUGAUAGCGAUAUUGACGAGAAGGAAAGCAAGAGAAAGGGAGGUGAACAGAAGGAUGAGGAGAACGCAGCGGACGGGGAGGAAGAGGAGAUGGAGAAGAAGCUGGCAGAGAUGAAAGCCGAAGAGUUCGCCGAACUCAAACGGUCCAUUCAACAUUACAAAGCCUCGGCAGCUGUCGGCGCGAGUGGAGCAACGGAUGACGACAACUUUCAAGUUGUUGCUGUUGAAAAAAUAAACAAACGUGUGCGAAUUCUCAACGCAGAGGGUUUGGCGCUCGGCGCUCAGAUCGCUACGUCCAAAAAGCGAGCGCGAGACCUGGUCGACGGCUCCUUCCACAGGUUUGCGAAUUCUGAGGAUAUGACCGAAGUUCCCGCCUGGCUUUUUGACGAUGAAAAGAAGCACCGGAAGAGGCCUGUUCCCAUCACCAAGGAAAUGGUGGAGGAAUACAAGCAGAAAUGGCGGGAAAUCAACGCCCGGCCAGUCAGACGCGUCGCAGAGGCCAAAGCGCGCAAGAAGAGACGGAUGUUGAAGAAGAUGGAGCAGGCCAAGAAGAAGGCCGAAGCUGUGGUGGACACGGUGGAUAUUUCAGAGCGAGAGAAGAUGGCUCAGCUCAAGAGCAUCUACAAGAAGGCCGGCGUGGGGAAGGAGAAGCGAGACAUCACGUACAUCGUGGCUAAGAAGGGCGUGGGACGCAGGGUGCACCGACCCGCUGGACUCAAGGGCAAUUUCCGCGUGGUGGACGGGCGGUUGAAGAAAGACACGAGAGCUGCGCAGAGGAAGGAGCAGAGGGGGCGGGGCAAAGGAGGGCGUGGCCAUAAAGGAGGGCGUGACCAUAAAGGUGGGCGGGGCAUGAAGACCGGAAAAGGCCAUGCGAAUAAGAAGUGAUGGACGCCCGUCUCGUCCUCAUUCAGACCGAUUGAUUGAGCUGCUCGUGUCAUUUACGAGUCUAAAGCGCUAUACGCUAAUCUCCUCGCCCAGCCCUUUCGUUACCGACGACAUGCUGUUUAACUUGGACUUUGACUCGUGAUUAUAAAUAAGGGUUUAAACCCCUCCAGCAGUCAGACGCAGUUCAGACUGAUGAUGUUUUUCAGCAUUGUUAUAAUGCUGCGUGUUUUCAUGUCUAGCGUAUACUUUGUAGUAUAUGAACGUCAGGUGUAUACGUGAACUUCCUGAUGUUUCUGAAUUAAUUAUGCCAAUUUAUAUGUGAAAAAUCUGCUUGGAUUGUUGGUUACAUUUUAAAUAAAUGAAAACUGA